AUGCAGCCAAAACUUAUUAUUUAUUUAAUUAUUUUAAUGUCCAUUGUUAGAUCAUCAUUAAGUGAUUUACCAAGCUGUAGCCGUGCAAAAUGUGUACAUUGUAAAGUAUAUUUUAUUUUACAAAUGUGCCCUAUUGCCUGCAGUAAUUGUCCAACAACAACAGAAGAACCGAUAAGACAACAAAACAAACAUUUCUUGACAGCGCUUAAACCUGUAAUAGACAACGAAGUAAACAACAAAGCAUUCUCUCAGCCUACAAUAACAGUACCAUAUGCACAACAAAUCCCGACAAACUUAAAUAGAAACAAGCAACGCACAAAUAAUUUACAAAGACCGUCAAAUUUAUUCUCACAACAAAAACAAUUUCAAGGAAAUAGAGAACAGCAACAUGAAACAAUUUUAAGGAAAACCCCAAAUUUUCAAAAUUUGCAAUACAGACAAGAACAACCACAAUAUACUUUUGUCCAACCUUUUCAACAGCAACAAAAUACACAAAAUUAUAUUGGAGGAGGUGGUUUUUAUGGAGGACCUAUUCCUCAACAGCAGCAAUAUCCUAUUCCUCCCCCUCCACCCCCAACAAAUUUCCAACCAUUAGAAAUUCAGAAAGAGCAGCAACAACAAUUAAGCAAUCCGUUCCAACAACAAUCUUACCAAUCGAUACAACAAUUCUCUCCUUCAAUAUCCCCACAACAAACUUUUGAACAAAAUUUCCAAGGUGGCCAACUUCAUUCUAUUCAAUCUCCGAAUAAUCAACUAAUACAAAUUCCACAAGUUGUCCAAAAUAAUGCACCUCAACAAACACAGAUGCCUUCCAUAUUUUCCCAUCAGAUUUACAAUCAGCCAAUGAUGAGUAUAGACGAAAGACCAGCUAACAUAAUACACACAGUACCAAACGUAGCAAUACCACAACAAAAUUUCCAAAAAUUUUAUAAAAUCCCACAACUACAACCGAUUGAUGGAAAAGUAGGAAAUGGAUGGGCAGACGAAAAAAGUUUGUCAACAAUUAACAACAAAAUUAGAGAACCUGGAGCAGAUAUAAUAGGCAAUAGCAUAUUAUCUGGAGGAGAGAGCGAAGAAAAGUGUCCAAAACAAAAUUGGGAGCCUUGUGUACCAAAAGAAUUAGCAAAUAAACGAUUCCAAAACUGUUGCUCACAGUUAGGAGAAGGCUGCUCUCAAUUAUGUAGUUAUGACCAAAACCUUACUAAUAUUCAACUUGCAGUGCUAACUGGUCGCUGUCCUAUAAAUAAAGUCGCUGACAUGAUGAUUUGCGCAAGCGGAUAUGAGGACGCAACUCCUUGUUGUCAAGAAUUCAAUGUUUUCGAGGCUGGAUUUGAACACUGCCGUCCCUAUUGCAACCCAACUGGUGGACUUCCAAAUGACGGAAUGUUGGUAGAAAAAUACAAAUGCCUUCAGAAAUUGCAGCAAAUACAAAAAUGUUUUUAUCUAAGUCAACGUCCAUAA